CUUUUUUAAACAUCAUGACAGUUCAACAUGUUCAAAACGCCGCAGACUUUCAAGCAGCCUUGAGCUCUUCUCCAGAUAAAUUAGUAGUUGCUUACUUUACUGCUAGUUGGUGUGGGCCUUGUAAAAUGAUUUCACCCGUUUAUGACCAACUUGCAACCAAGUAUACUCAAGUUACUUUUGCCAAAAUUGAUGUGGACCAAGUGAAAGAAGUAUCCACUGCCUGUGGAAUCACUGCCAUGCCUACAUUUCAAUUUUAUAAAAACAACAAAAAGUUGACAGAGAUGAAGGGAGCUAACCCUAAACAACUCGAGGCUUAUAUUCAAAAGCUGUCUGGAGAACAACAGCAACAAGGAGAAAGCUCUAAAAAGAAUUAUGGUGUACCUGGACACGGUGACUUGACUUCUUUUAUCACCAUGAAUCAAUUGGAUGCACUAAACCAACAAACAGAAAAUAAUGUCAAAAACAUAUUCAAAGACGACAGCAGUUACCUGGAGAGUGACGUCGAUGAGCAGUUGAUCAUUAGUGUCCCAUUCAAUCAACCUGUCAAAAUUCAUUCAUUAAAGUUCAAGGCUCACAAUGUCGCACAAGCACCCAAGACGAUAAGAUUAUAUGCCAAUAGACAAGCACUUGGCUUUGAUGAUACUGAUUCCGUAAAGGAGACACAGGUGAUUGAAUUGGCGCCCAAGGAUUUUGAACAAGACGCGAUCGUCAACUUGAGAUUUGUCAAAUUCCAAAAUAUAACUCAUAUCACACUCUUUGUCGUUGACAACCAAGAGGAUGAAGAGACAACCCAGCUUGAACAGUUGAUUUUUAUUGGUACUCCUGUAGAGGUAAAUGGAUAAUUCUAUAUGUAUAUGCGGGUAUUAAUAUGUAUUCUAGACUACCAACAUGAACGAUUUAAAUAAGGAAGAGAAUAAAUAAAAUUAAUAGUCGUCUUCGAUCACCCAUUCAAUAAUUUCUUCU